GGGUGCAGUCUGUGCAUCUGUCACGAGUCUGUUUGUCGGCAGUGGCGGAGAAGAAACAUAUACCUGAAGGCAAUAAAUGGUCAGAUGAUGCGGUGUGCUGGAGAAGGCACGGUGCGGAUUCGAGUGCCCGAGGUAACCGAGGUCGAAGUUCAUGCUCUCGUAGUAAAGGAUAAGCCUCUGGGAUUUCAUUUCAUUUUGGGCAUGAACGCGAUCACUGCAAUGGGAGGGGUGCAGAUCAGCAGUUCAGACGCUGUCAGGUUUGGACCAGCAGCGGUGGUGGAUGAUGCUGUGGGUGCAGCAGUAAGUGAGGAGACAAGUUCAGAUUCUGUCAGGUUUGAAUCAGCAGCUGUGGUGGGUGACACCUACUCGUUGUCUGUGGGUGCAACAGCGAGUGAAGAGAAGAGAUCUGAGUCAGAACAAAAGGAACAACAGUCUGAGCCAGCCGCAGGAAAGGAUCUUGCUGCUCCGUCAGGCGUGAUGCCGGUUGUUUUUCACGAAAGAACCGUAUACUCACCUGAGUCAUUGUGUAUCGACGAGAAAGACUACAGGAUUGUUUUUGAUUCGGGCACAAAGACUUGGAUGGUUGAGUGGAAGUGGACGGAGCGAGGAGAGCCAGACACACUGAAAAACAGAGUCGCGUCUUAUACUGUGCCGGAAGAUCGUCGGGCUGAGUAUGAAGAGGAGCUACAAAGAUGGGUGGAUAAAGACUGGCUCAUUCCGUACGAUCAGACAGAGCACGGGCAACCAGAGGGACUGAUACCGCUGAUGGCAGUGCUGCAGGAGCGCAAGAAAAAAGUGAGGCCCGUAUUGGAUUAUCGAGAGCUGAAUGAACAUCUAGAUACUCACACGGCUGAUGCAGACGUAUGCACUGAGAAAAUGAGACAAUGGCGGAAAAUGGGAGUCAAUGUCGCGGCUGUGGAUUUGAAAUCAGCCUAUCUGCAAAUUCAUGUUCAUCCGUCCCUGUGGAAGUAUCAGACCGUGAUAUUCAGGGGCAAGAGAUGGGCUCUAUCGCGACUCGGGUUUGGAAUGAACAUAUCACCGUCAGUGAUGAAGUCGGUGCUGAGCACGGUCCUGUCACUCGAUCCAGAGGUGAAGAAGGGGACCAGCAGCUACGUGGACGACAUUCUCGUGAAUGAGGAUGUUGUGUCGGCAGACAGCGUCUGUGAACAUCUUUCAAAGUUCGGCCUCGUGGCAAAGGAGCCAGAGCGCGCGCGUGAUGGAGCCAAGCUCCUGGGUCUGUCUGUCCACGGAGAAGGCGGCGAGCUACAGUGGAGGAGAGGAGAUGACAGCCAUGACGUCCCCGACGAGCUAACGCGGCGCUCUGUGUUCUCCCUGUGUGGAAAGCUCGUGGGACACUUCCCGGUCUGCAGCUGGCUGAGACCAGCGGUGGCGUUCAUCAAGCGCCGAGCGAACUCAGUGACGGAGAGCUGGGAUGAUCAGGUUCGCUGUGAGCACGUGCGAAACUUCCUGGUGGAGGUCACAGAAAGAGUACGGCAAUCGGAUCCGGUUCGUGGCCGCUGGGACGUUUGCGGCGAUGAUGAAGCCCAUCUAUGGGUGGAUGCCAGCUCAGUAGCCAUCGGUGUGGCGCUGGAAGUUGGCGGUUCAGUCAUUGAAGAUGGUGCGUGGCUUCGUACCAGUGACGUGACGCACAUCAAUAUGGCGGAACUUGACGCGGUCGUGAAAGGCCUUAACUUGGCACUGGCUUGGGGCUUUCAAAAGAUCACCCUCUACACGGAUUCUGCAACUGUGCAUCGGUGGAUUUCGGACGGCCUCAGUGGUAAAACAAGACUCCGAACGAAGGCAGCAAGCGAAAUGCUGAUUCGACGCCGAGUGGAGAUAGUUACGUCGCUUGUGAAGGAAUACCAGUUGCAGCUGUCAGUUGAACUGGUACAAUCUGAAGCGAACAAAGCUGAUGUCCUGACGCGCGUACCACACCGCUGGCUUCGAGCCCUGGCAGAAGGAGAAGAUGAGGCGCCUCCUGCAUGCGGACUGGCUGUCGAGACCGGUACGGAUGCCAUAGGCUACCUGGUCGCUCGUGUGCAUCACGAAUGGGGCCAUCCAGGCAUUCGUCGCACGCAUUACUUUGCACGCCUUGAAAAUUCGAACGUCACCAGAAAAGAGGUGCAGAAGGUCGUCGCAGACUGUCAAAUUUGUCGGUCUAUCGACCCCGCCCCCGUAAAGUGGAGGUCAGGCAAACUUGAGGUGGACACAACGUGGUCAAGAUUGGCGAUUGACGUAACGCACGUCCACGGGCGACCCUAUCUCACGGCGGUGGACUGUGGACCAAGCCGGUUCGCAAUAUGGCAGCCACUGAGUGCAGAGACGGCCGAGGCUGUUGCAGAGCAGCUUGAUGUGCUGUUUGUGGAUCGAGGCCCACCGGCUGAGGUGCUGGUAGACAAUGCGACAGCCUUUCGCAGUCGAUGCUUCGCUCAGUUCGCAUCACAAUGGGGCGUCACAGUGCGAUACCGCUGUGCAUAUGUUCCAUCUGGAAAUGGAAUAGUGGAAAGAAACCAUCGCACGGUCAAAGUCAUCGCUGCUAGAAAAGGAUGCAGUGUUUUGGAGGCGGUUGACAUUUAUAACGCAACCCCACGGCACCUGAACGACGCCCAGUCCACUCCUGCUGGUAUCUUGAGCAGCUGCGUCCAGUGGGAUGCGGGCAUGAUGGCACCACGGACACCAAACACAGCAGAGAGCCCAUACGAAGUUGGUGAGUGUGUGUGGGUCAAGCCACCGCAGGUCCGCUGUGACACGCGCUAUGAACAGGGUGUUGUGACAAACAUCAUAUCUGAGCAGGCGGUAGAAGUGGAUGGUAUACCUCGACACAUCAGAGACCUGAGACCACGAGUGGCAGAAGGGGAUCCCGGAAACCUUCAGAACACCAGUCAGGUUACAGCCCGGCACGUGCAAGAUUCCAGUGAAGAUGAAGAGCCAUUAGUUCUCCGGUUCGGUUGUCCAAGCCAGACCGACGGCUCUGUUGCAGUAGAACCAACUGGAGAUGGGGUACAGACAGAAGGUCAACCACUGAGACGCUCUGCGCGAUUACGAAGGGAACCCCAACGACUGAUGUACUCGUGACAGCGUGUUGUAAACGAGAGUGUGAUGUUGAAACUGACUGUGUUAACUUAUUGAUCUCGCUUGUGUCUUUGAGAUCAGGGGGGAGUCAGGGGAGGUCAAUUGUGACUUUGAUGUCAGGGGGGAGUGUGGGGAUCAGUCGAUUUAACGCGCACGAGUAAAGUUAUUACUGCACGAGAGCAGUGAAUAAAAUCAAUGGUUUGGGAGAAUGGGAGCAGCGAGUGCGAGGGUUGAGUGGAUUGGUAGCUGAACUGGUUGUCAUUUUUAUUGGUGAGCAAUAUAGCACUUUUUAUAUACUUCCACACCUUUUAUCUCACAGUAACAAAGCUGGAAAGACGCAGUAAAAUCAAUGUAUAGCUCGCUAUUUUCCUUCAGAAUAAUACAGGUCAUUUUCGAUCAGUUCAUCGCUGAGGUCACUGGAGGUCACCAAAAGUAAAAUGAUGACGAAUUUUGGCUCCCGAUUUUGACAACUUCACAAAUUGGUUCAUAACUCGGGAACCAAAGAAGCUACAGCGCCGCGGAAAAGCGAAUUCGAUAGCGCUUUCGAAAAUCUUUCAGGUUCUCAGAUUUGAGCUAAGGUCAACUAGGGUUAAGCCUCCAAAGGGCAAAAACUGAGCAAUCGGCGUGCUUCGGAAAUCGUCUUUUCUUUUAAAACUUUUGAUACCAACCUUUUAUUACGUUGAUUUUACCGGCACUGCGUUUCUCUCGUCUUGUUGACCUAACAAGGUCAAAUUAAUAAAUUUGACCUCAGGUCAAAGUCGCAGAAAAUGCCAUAUUGCAUGUCAGUCGAUUCGUUACAUUGAGAUUGAGAUUAACAUCAGUAGCGGCGG